AUGGCCAUCGCCUCUUUACGCCGCGAGAAAGUCAACGGGAAAGAGCCCCAAGACGACAACAUGAAUGGCUUAUGCAGAAGCGAUCGGUUGUUCAGUGCGGGCAUGAAACUGACUGAGACGGAGAUGGGGUUUCCAAAAGUUGAAUCCGUCCAGGCACGGCUCAUCCAAGUUCUCUACCUUCUGCAAACAGCUCGCAUGAACAAAGCCUGGUAUGUAUAUGGAAAUGUCUUUCAGGUAACACUUUCCCUCGGCAUGCACCGGUGUCGAGACUAG